AUGCGGAAACCAGGCCCUCAAAAAGCCAUAGACUGGAAAGAUGGUAAAAAGCAGAAGUACGGCCGCCCGUCAGAGUCACCCUCCCAGUACCAAGGUCACUUCACCUGGGAGAAAUACCUGAAAGAGACAUGUGCCAUCCCAGCUCCUGCCCAUUGCUUCAAGCAGUCAUACACUCCACCUGCAAAUGAAUUCAAGAUCAGUAUGAAACUAGAGGCCCAGGAUCCCAGGAACAUGACCUCCACUUGCAUUGCCACAGUGGUGGGUCUGACAGGCGCGCGGCUCCGCCUGCGCCUCGAUGGCAGCGACAACAAGAAUGACUUCUGGAGGCUGGUGGACUCUGCUGAAAUCCAGCCCAUAGGAAACUGUGAGAAGAAUGGAGGGAUGCUGCAGCCUCCCCUGGGCUUUCGGCUGAAUGCCUCCUCUUGGCCCAUGUUCCUUCUGAAGACUCUGAAUGGAGCAGAGAUGGCUCCCGUCCGGAUUUUUCACAAGGAACCACCAUCUCCAUCCCAAAACUUCUUCAAGACAGGUAUGAAGCUGGAGGCAGUGGACAGGAAGAACCCUCACUUCAUCUGCCCGGCCACCAUUGGGGAGGUGAGAGGUUCUGAGGUCCUCAUAACAUUUGAUGGCUGGAGAGGUGCCUUCGAUUACUGGUGCCGAUAUGAUUCCCGGGACAUCUUUCCCGUAGGCUGGUGCUCGCUGACUGGAGAUAAUCUGCAGCCCCCUGGAACAAAAGUUGUGAUUCCAAAGAGCCCUUUACCUGCCUCCGAAGUAAACUCGGAGAAACCUAGCCUGCACAGUAGCACAAAGACUGUUUUGGGGCAUCAACAAGGGCAAAGGCGUCGCAAAACAGGGAAGAAGCGUGGUCGAACGACCAAAGCGCUAAUCCAUCACCCCAUGCCUACACCCUCCAAGUCAGUGGAGCCUUUGAAAUUCCCCAGAAAGAGAGGCCCCAAGCCUGGCAGUAAGAGGAAACCUAGGACAUUGCUGAACCCAGCACCCACCUCUCCAACAACCAGUACCCCAGAACCAGAUACAAGCACUGUGCCUCAGGACGCUGCUACAAUCCCCAGCUCUGCCAUGCAGGCUCCCACAGUUUGCAUUUACUUGAACAAGAACGGCAGCACUGGGCCCCACCUAGACAAGAAGAAAGUUCAGCAGCUGCCAGACCAUUUUGGACCAGCUCGAGCUUCUGUUGUCCUGCAGCAAGCAGUACAGGCCUGCAUUGAUUGUGCUUAUCAUCAGAAAACAGUCUUCUCCUUCUUAAAACAAGGCCACGGGGGAGAGGUCAUCUCAGCUGUGUUUGAUCGGGAACAGCACACUCUGAACCUGCCAGCAGUAAACAGUAUCACCUAUGUCCUCCGCUUCCUGGAGAAGCUCUGCCACAACCUCCGCAGUGACAACCUCUUUGGGAACCAGCCUUUCACCCAGCACAGCCACAUGCAGCGCUCACACGAGUACGACCACGACAGGUAUCUACCAGACAGAAGCAGUUCGUUAGACGGGACUCUGCAGGGACCAGGCCGGGGUACAAAGCGGUAUUCCCAAGAUUCCCCUCCAUACAGUGCUCCUCUCUCCCCCAAGUUACCAAAGAAUGACCGUCACCCAUUGGAAGGUGAAACCUUUGUUCUGGGAGAUGGCCUCCCAGGGCCCUUGGAGCCUCGCCUGGACCCCAUGGACUCUGCCUUGAACUCUGUCAAUUCAUCCAGCCACAGCAGGAGCUCCAGAGACUAUCGCCUGCAAGGAUACAGGCACCUGCACCAGCCCUCGAGCCUCAGCCAGGGCAGCACCUCUGCCUUGCGCAGGCUUAGCUCUGGGGGCCCCGACAGGUACCUGGGCUCCCGGGACGUCUCCCGGCUGAGCAGCCGCGACCCCUCCUGCUGGUCGGUGGAGGAGGUGAUGCAGUUCAUCCGAGAGGCAGAUCCACAGCUGGGACCCCACGCUGAUCUCUUCCGAAAGCAUGAGAUCGACGGGAAGGCCCUGCUCCUGCUGCGGAGCGACAUGAUGAUGAAGUACAUGGGGCUGAAGCUGGGGCCGGCCCUGAAGCUCACGUACCACAUCGACAAGCUAAAGCAAGGCAAGUUCUGA